AUGGACAAUCACACCCAAGUCUCCGAGUUCAUCCUCCUUGGCCUUACUGAACAACCCCAGCAACGGCAGGUGCUAUUUGCACUGUCCUUUAGCCUAUAUCUUAUUGGGUCUCUGGGGAACCUCCUCACCAUCCUGGCCAUUGUUUCAGACCCUCAUCUCCACAGCCCCAUGUACUUCUUCCUCAGCAACUUGUCUCUGCUUGACAUCUGCUUUAUCUCCACCACCAUCCCCAAGAUGCUGGUAAACCACCUUUGUGGGACCAACACCAUCUCCUACUCAGCCUGCCUGGCCCAAAUGUAUUACUUCAUCGUCUUUUCAGGCACUGACUGCAUUAUUCUCUCAGCCAUGGCUUAUGACCGUUACUUGGCCAUCUGCUACCCACUACACUACAUGACAAUCAUGAGCAUCUUCCGGUGUGCCUUGCUGGUGAUGGUACCCUGGAUCUCAGUGAACCUCAUUGCCAUGGUCCACACUAUUCUAAUGACACGCCUGUCCUUCUGCACCAAUAGGAUCCCACACUUCUUCUGUGACCUCAAUGCCUUAAUCAAGCUCUCCUGCUCUGACACCCAUAUCAAUGAGAUAAUGGUGUUGGUCCUUGGGGGCCCAGUGGUCCUGAUCCCCUUUGUAUGUAUCAUUGCAUCUUAUACCCCUAUUGCUAUGGCUGUGUGGAAGGUGCCCUCAGCCCGUGGAAAGUGGAAAGCAUUCUCCACCUGUGGUUCUCACCUUUCUGUUGUCUGUCUCUUCUAUGGCACUAUCAUUGGGGUCUACUUCAGCCCCACAUCCACUCACACCACCCAGAGGGACAUGGCAGCUACAGUGAUGUACACCAUGGUCACCCCCAUGCUGAACCCCUUCAUCUACAGCCUGCGGAACCGAGAUCUGAAGAGUGCCCUCAGAAAACUUCUCAGUCAAGAAAUC